AGGGACUGUGACAAUGCACACUCGUGUAUAUCGGAUGAUACUACGGCAGCCGGUUUCUGCUGAAUAUGUUGAGGUUGUGUAAAAUUACCAGGAUACGGGGAAUUUUUUAGUGAUUCAUUAACACAGACGGUUGUUUGCUGUCGAAAGUAGAUCUGCAGCAAGAAUACAUGGUCUUUUUAUAUCAUAUGAUUUCACAUAGCUGUAUACCGACGGUACAUUUUAAAUUAUAUUUAAAUUAAGUGAUUAAGAUUAAGUGUCCCUUUUCGGACUGUACAAUUGAGGCAUGGCGAGUCGGAACUCGGGAUGCCUGAUAUUUUAAUCCCGAAUUUAAUAUAAGCGAUGGAAAGAGGUGUGAAGAAUCACUCAGCGGUGUGCCUAUCUGAAUGCUUUAAGGUCGGCUACGGGGUGUGUUGCAAAUCACAAAGCGCCUACCAAAGCAUGUGCCACUUACCAGGCAGCCGCGCUUACCUGUUAUUUGCUGUUUUUACAUUAUACAAAGGCAUCAGCAGUUACAAACUACUGCGUGAUCACGCUUGUUGCUGUGCAGGAUGUGCUCGAAUGCACCUCCCAUCAGCCAGCACCCUUGCUAGAUUUCAUGUACUGAUAAUGCGUUACAGGUUUGCUGGUUUGGAAAACUGCGUUGUUGUAAACGGUUUACAUGACAAAGAAUGCUAUUGACACGCCAAUGCAGACGAAUUGCACUUCAAAACUCUGUAAGGUUAACACCGGCCUCUAUUACAACAGGUUACGGUUGACUUUUUUCUCAUUAAAUACUGAGAUAAAGCUGCCACCUGGAGGCGGGCUAUGCUUCGAUAUUUAGCACAAAUCGUGUCUUGCCCCUUGUUAAGAAAACGGAGUUGGCAGUGAAAGCAGUGCGUGGUUUUUGUAGAUCAUCAUUUGUAGAGUACAGUACCCACAGCCCCUUGCACGGAACAGUCGUUUGAGACAUUGUCAUGAGCGUGGGAGGUGGGAGAUCGGGCAUCCUGAGUAAAGUUUCAGGGAUUCAGGAGAUACGCUGUUUAAAAAAGAGAAAUACAAAUAAAAUCUUAGAUAAAAUCGCAGCUGGAGACGAGGGACGGACGAACGAACGGCGAUGAACAUAAGAGAUCACUACACAUAAAAGUUUGUUGCAGGAGGGGCAUGCGGGGCCGCAUGCGGCUCUUCUCCUGUGCCAUGCGUUUGUUCCUGCGAUGUUUCAGGCAGGGACGGAGGCGGGGGAGCAGUAAGCUGCUGAAGAGAGCCGGGGAGCUGUGGAGCUACGGGAAGCUGUGUGCGAAAUCACUGUUCUACAACUCCCUCACAAACAGUGACGUCGUCAUCGACUCGCUGUUUGAACCCGUCUACUGGCUGGUGGACCACGUCACUCGCUGGUUUGGGGUGGCGUUUGUGUUCUUGGUUGUUGUGCUGACCAGCUCCAUCGUGCUCAUUGUGUAUAUCUGCUUGCUGCCACUCAUCCUGGACACCUACAGCCCAGCCUGGAUCACCUGGCAUGUCUGCUACGGGCACUGGAACCUGCUCAUGAUUGUCUUUCAUUAUUACAAGGCAGCCAGGACCUCACCGGGCUACCCUCCCCAGAUGAAAACUGACACUCCUUCAGUGUCCAUCUGCAAAAAGUGUAUAGCACCCAAACCACCCAGGACACACCACUGUAGCAUCUGCAACCGAUGUAUAUUGAAAAUGGACCACCACUGCCCCUGGCUCAAUAACUGUGUGGGCCACUUUAACCAUCGCUACUUCUUCUCUUUCUGCCUCUUCAUGACCAUGGGCUGUCUGUACUGCAGCAUCAGCAGCCGCGACAUGUUCAUUGACUCCUACAGUGCUGUAGAGCAGAUGAAGAGUGCUGACCGCUUGAGGCUCAGGGUGACAGUGUCUGAGUCCUACUACCAGACUCCACCCCCUCCCUUCACCUUCAAGGAGAGGGUGUUUCACAAGUGCAUCAUAUACCUGUGGGUGCUCUGCAGCUCGGUGGCACUAGCUCUGGGAGGUCUGACUCUGUGGCAUGCAAUGCUCAUCUCCCGGGGAGAGACCAGCAUUGAGAGACACAUCAACCGCAAGGAAAAGCACCGCCUUGAGAAGGGCAAGCAGGUUUUCCGGAACAUUUUCCACUAUGGUCGCAUGAAUAACUGGAAGGUGUUCUUUGGAGUGGAGACAAGAAGUCACUGGCUGACUCGAGUUCUUCUGCCAUCGGCACACCCUCCGUAUGGAGAUGGCCUGACCUGGACCCACUCUUCAACCACCACCAGGAGCACCUUGCUGGCAAUCUAACCCUGUCUUCUAAUUUUAUCAGGAACAAGUACUAGCCAUCUAACCAUCCCUCCUAGUUGUAUCAUUGAGGACUGUAAUGCUUACCUGGAGGGUUCACUCUAGAAACGACUGCCUUCUAACCCACCCAGCUGUCAUCUCUGCCAAAUACAGGUCACAGAGGCUGCUGUUUUGAUUUUAGUGCUUGUGUGGAAAUCCCCAGUACUCAUAUUUUCAUAUUAUGCAAACCCCUCUGUAUAUAUUGUUUAGUUGUGUCCCAUCUAUUUCUUCUAUUAUUUAAGUGUUUUAUCUUGUCUGCACGGCGCUUGUUUGUAUUGAAGUACUGUGAAGUGACCAGUUAGGCUGGAGAGGGUUUAAAGGUCACAAUGACAUAAGCUUGGUGUGAGGUGCAUCGAACAAGGGAAGGCUGAUUAAACCAGGCCCUCUAGCACAGUCUUCACCUACAGCCAAUGUGAACUGCAGCUAACAAGUUGUGACUAGACCCUACUCACUCUGUUGCACCUUGGGGACCAAACAAAGCAAUAAAUGUGUGCAUUCCAGGCUGCUACAACUACAACCCCACCAGGACUGAAUGGAAUUUGAAUUGAAGAUGCACAUUUUCUGUGGGUGUUUGUUAAUAAGGUAUGUGAUUUUGAUAAUUAAAAGAUAACUUGUUUUUUUUUUAAAAUAAAUUCAAUCUAAAAGGUGGUUUGUUUGUUAGUCCUGACCACAGCUAGGUCUCCAUCUAUUCCAAGGUGAAAGAGUAUUUCACUUUUUUUUCUUAUUUUUAUAUACCAACAAUACAAUAU